AUGUUUCGUCUACCAGGCUUGGGCCCGUGGCUGGCCCUCUUACUGGCCUUGAUGGCGAGCCUGGUGGUGGCGGACUGUGAGUGCGGCUUUGUCCAAGACUUUCCCGCAGAGCAGGCUGGAGACGGAGAUGGAACCGCAGAUGGCCGUCUGCUGUUUACCCAUAUGAUGGAGAGCAAGUUCACUGAGCUGAGGAACAUCUCGCGGGACGGCAACUGGAAGCGGCAGCAGUACAACGUCUCGGCCAGGGCUGGGCGGGGAGAGUACGGCAAGGCGUUUGCCCUCAAGAACGUGUACACGAUUGCCCCCGACGGCAACGGCGAGAAGGUGGACGCUGAUGACGCCGGCCCCAGCGACGGCAUCGCGCUGGUGGUGGGCAGCACGCUUGUGGACGAGGCGAUUCCGGUGGCGGAGCUGACGUCGGCGAGGGCGGACAUGUACUUUGGCUCGUAUCGUGCGGGCAUGAAGCUGACGCCCGUCAACGGCACCUGUGCCGCCUUUUUCUGGUACUUCAAUGACACCCAAGAGAUUGACAUGGAGUUUCUGUCGCGGGAGUUUGACGCCAGCAAGGACUUGUAUCCCGUCAACCUCGUGAUCCAGUCGGAGGCGUCGCGCCAGGCGGGCUACGACGCGGCCAAGACGGGCACCUUCAAGGUGGUCAACCUCACGUUUGAUCCGACGGCGGGCUUCCACGAGUAUCGCUUCGACUACCUGCCCAACCGGGUCCUUUUCUACGCCGACAGUAAGCUGCUGGCCGAGAUGAACGGGACGUCGGUGCCGUCUGGCCCCGGCCACAUCAUUCUGCAGCACUGGAGCAACGGCAACCCCAAGUGGUCGGGAGGUCCUCCCAAGCAAGAUGCCGUCAUGACGGUGAGCUACGUCAAGGCCUACUUCAACUCGUCCGACGCGCACAUGCAAUCGAGCUUCGCCGAGACCUGUCAAAAGGCGCGCGAUGACGAUUCGAACAGCGGCGCCGAUGGGAGGGUGUGUUCGAUUCCGGGCGUGACGGCGUCAAAUGCAAGCACAGGCGGCACCUUUUUCAACACGACGGAUCCGAACCAGCCAAGCAGCAGCGGAGGAGGGACGGAGGACAGCGAUAGCGGUGCGGCGCACCUGAGCAGCACGCCGUCGACGGCGGCCAUGUUGCUGUUGAUGGUGGCCUUGCUGGCGUACUCGUGA